GUACAUCGGCACCUGCCCUCGCUCACUUCUUCGCACUUCGAGAACAGCAACUGUGAGCAGCACGUCGUGCACAGGUUCAACCAUCUUCGUGAUGGUUUAGAACCGGCUUGCCAUGGGGUGUCCCAGCUGUGCAAGAUCAAGUUGCCCAGUGUCGUCAGUGCGGAGAUUUUUCAGAAGCUAUGCAGCGAG